AUGGUUUCUCUAAAAGUCAUUCAGCCGCUCCUACUCCUUUCCAUCCUCACGGUAGCGGAAGAUCUUGCUCGAACAUGUAAAGCUGUACCGGGAACGGCGUCCUGGCCCUCCACGUCUGAUUGGGAUGCGCUCAACAAGACACUAUCCGGAAACCUCAUCAAACCCCUUCCUCCUGGCGGCGUUUGUCACCCCGAGCAGCCAAACUACGACGAGGCGGCCUGUCCGGCUGUUCAACGUGCAUGGACAACCUCAUGGAGCUUCCACAUCGAAGAUCCAGUCGGCAAUGGCUAUAACAACUGGAACAACGACACUUGUCUGCCUGCCCCUGAGAACCCGUGCAGUGCUGACGGAUAUCCUUCGUACGUCAUCAACGCAAAUACAGCACAGCAUGUCCAGGCCGGGAUCAACUUUGCUCGCGAGAGGAAUAUUAGACUAGUCGUCAAAGGCACCGGACACGACUUCCGCGGCCGAACUGUGGCUCCCGACUCUCUGUCAAUCUGGACGAGGCAUUUGCGUGGUAUCCAGGUGCGGGAGACUUUCGAAAUCGAAACAGACCGGCAGCCGUGCAAGCAGUGCUCCUAUGGACCGGUGGUCACAUUUGCUUCCGGCGAGGACCAUAGCAGCGUUUUUGCAGAGGUCAACAAGCACGGCUUUAUGCUUAAUGUUGGCGCCGCCGGCAGUGUCGGCGAAGGUGGUUAUACUACUGGCGGUGGGCACUCAGUCCUCAGCUUCCAGACAGGUCUCGCGGUCGACAAUGUUAUACAAGCCAGGAUCGUCACGCCGGACGGGAAAAUCGUCACGGCCAACCGAUGCAAAAACAGCGAGCUCUUCUGGGCAUUGUGCGGUGGUGGUGGCUCGACCCUCGGUGUCGUCCUGGACUUCACAGUCAAUAUCUUCCCGUCCGUCCCCAUCGCAUACUACACGUUCAACUUCGUAUCCACUGGCACAGACAUUGCGCACUUCUGGGACGCGGUCGCAUACGUGGUCGGGAAGUAUGCGGAUAUUUCGAAAGGCGGUGCAAUGGGCUACACGUCCGUCGCACCAGCCCUCGGCACCUCUCCACCCGGCUACCAGGGAAGCUUCACGGCGCCAAAUAUGACCAUAUCCGAGCUCUCGGCGUUAAUAGACCCAAUCGUAGAAACGGUGGACGCUCUGUAUCCCGGCGAAAUCCAGACCGUCGUAGAUACUAGCUCCUGGGGCUCCUUAUAUGAGUGGUGGACGGCCAACCCCGACAUCACAACGGCCACUGGCAUCAACGUAGUGAUCGGCUCGAGGAUCCUCGACGAGAGCGCCCUCAAGCAUCCGCAGCUCGCGUCGUUGAUUCAGAAGGCGACGCCUCCUCGCGGGCUGCGGUUGUAUCUGGUGGCCGGGCCGGGUACUCACCAGUACGCGAACGAUUGGAAUUCUGUGACGCCAGCGUGGAGAACGGGCUAUGUGCACGCCGUGGUCUCCGGACCAUUCCUACCCUUGAAUGCCGCGUCGAAAGCUGCUGCAAUUAACAACGUGACAACCACUUGGAUGGAUCCUCUACGGGAGCUCGCACCGAAUACGGGUGCUUAUCAGAAUGAGGCAAACGCUUUCGAUCCGAACUUUCAACAGGAAUUCUGGGGGAGCAAUUACCCGCGACUGCUCAAGGCCAAAAGGCAGUUUGAUCCCAAUGAUGUUUUCUGGUGCCGGAGCUGUGCUGGAAGCGAACGGUGGGAAGAAGUUGGUACUCAGCUUUGCAAAGUCUGA